GAGCCCUACCCCUACCAUCAGCCUUAACGGAAGCGUUUCGACUUCAGGCCGCUCAGCGAGAGGGAGGGAGAGAGAGAGAGAGAUGCGAAAGCAAAGCAGAGUCAGUGCUCAGCAUCACAAUCUUCUCCCCCAGGUCAGAAUCUGAUCUCUUUCAUCCACUCUGCCCCAAGAAAAGGAUGCUUUAAGGUUAGGUUUAGGGUGUCUCCUCCAGGAUCUGCAGUUAGGGUUUUGCUACUUCACUCUCAAAAUACUUUUGGCUUUGCUUCUUUGCGAUCCUGAUCCCCUCUCCCAAUAAAAGCCUGUUUUCGUUCGUUUGUUCGUUCGUUCGAUUUUUGUUUUUUUUUUUCACGUAAUUCAUCCAAGAAAAACCCGAUAUUUUGCGCGAUCGAUCUUGGCCGAUCUACGAGAAGUGGUCUUGUUGGGUAGUUUUUAAUCUUAUAGAAGGAGAUGCGAUCAAGAAGGCCUGGAGAUGGUGGUAGUGGAGGAGGAGGGGAUGGCAGAGAUGUCUCCCCGAGAGCCCCCACCAAGGCUAAGAUCAAGGACCACCGCUCCGAUUGGCGCCCCCGUCGCUCGCGCCGCAGCCUGAGCCCUCCUCCUCGUCCCCGCCGGCCCCCCUCGGUCGAGCGGAGGGACUAUGCCAGGCGCUCCAACCACGGGAAGCAGCACCGCAGCCGAUCCUCGCCAUUCGAGGACAGGCGCUACGAGCUCCCACCCAAGUAUGUACUGCCGGAUAUUCCGCCUGACUCGAACCCAGAUCUGAACGCCAGCUCGAGGCCGUCCCGAAUCUUCAAAGAUAAGGACUUCCUCCGCCAGGGCAGUGGUGCCCCGGCACCGCCAUCCUCCACGGGGAUUGAUGGGCAGGGCAUGCUGCUGCAGAAAUCCCUAUUCUUGAAUGACGGAUCUUCCCGUAGCUACUUCUCACUGCCCCCGGAUGCAAACUACCCGGCUCGUGCUGCUGCAUUGAAGUCCGGGAACAUGGGAAGCAGCAGCGGCACUCUGAACAUGGGGAUCCACGAUGAUGAGUUGCUUCACUACCGUGAUCGCAUGAGUGAUCCAUACGACGAGAGAGGGAGGGAGAAGAUUUACUCUACCAGAGAUUUUACCUCACCUUUGAUGCCUCCCUCGCAGCUCAGGCCUUAUGGUGGCACCUCUUCAUCUGGCUUUGCGAAGGAUGAUUUGUCAAGCUUGUAUGGUAAUCGCCAUCAUCAGCUGUCUGAUGGAUACGUCGGAAGUGGUGCAAAGAAGUUUCUGGAUGACCCGUUGGACCGAAUUGGAUACAGUCCAGGGCAUCUCACUGAGCGAGUGAGGCAGGUCCAUCAUAGUCCACCUGGCAGGGAUGAUCCGCAGGACUAUGGUUAUCAUGAACUCUGGCAGAGAGAGAGGAGUGAUCAUCGAUUGCUUGAGUCAAAUGACAUAUACAAAAAGAUACCGUGGGAUCCACGAGGUGGCUAUAGAGACUCGCUAAGUUCGUCCUUCACGAAUCUCACAGGAGGAAGGGUUGAGGGAUUGGAUGCUUCUCGGAAGAUCACAGGUGAGAGCAGUUUCUGGGACCAGCGCCAUUCUUUUCAUGGAGAUGCAAACCCAGAGUAUCAUCAAUUAAAAGAGGUUCAUGAUGAUUAUGUCAGUGGGUCUGGAAGUGGUCACCUUGAAUUUGGAAUGAAUCCAUUAAGAGGAUGUGACCUUCCACCAUUUGAAGAACACUGUGCUUUAGGGAGAGAUGCUACUUCUAUGGGAUACAGAGAAAGGCUGAAGAGUUCUGUGUUGUCUGACCGGUGUUUACAUAUGUACAGACAGGGUGUGAGCCCUCCACAAGGAAAUCCUCACAUGGGUAAUCUGGAUAUUUAUGAUCUAUCAUCUGAAAGAAUGAUCAGAAGAAGAUAUGUUAUGGAUAAUGAUAAGCCAAGAAGCGUUGUCUCCAAUGAUCGAAAUGCCUUUAGAAGAAUUCAGUCACCAAGUGGUGGUGAUGAAAUAUGGCCUAAUGAAGAUAGAAUAGGGUUUCUGCAUAAGAAAAACAUGACCUUUGAACACUCUCCAUAUAAAAGAACCUCUCGUAUAAUGUCUAGAUCAGCUGCUCAGUUGCUGUGGGACGAUUCUUCUCCUCACGCGGAUGGAGCCCAUGGUAUGAGUCUUAAAAGGCGGUUGAGGCCAGGCCCUUCAGAAUACCAUGAUUCAUUUUCUUCGGAGAGAAGACAAGAAAUUUUCAGACCCUACAAACACUGGAAGAAGGGUAUGGAAGAUCGUCGCAGUGGUCUGAAUACCCAUAAUGGAGUUGUUCCUGAUGAUGAUGCUCAUCUUGCAAAGGCUGAUCCACCUGAAGAUUCAGAGGAGUUUAAGCAGCAGGUUCAUAAAGCCUUCCUUAAGUAUUCAAAGUCCUUGCAUGAGAGCCCACACCAACAAAAAAGAUACCGAGAACAAGGAAAUCCUCUUCUUUGCUGCGUGUGUCGCAGCUACUCAAAGGAAUCAAAGGAGUUUGGAGAUGCACACAGCCUAGUGACUCACACUUAUCAUUCUCUCAAGGUGGGCUUAAGAACAGAACAUCUGGGUCUUCAUAAAGCCCUUUGCUUUCUUAUGGGCUGGAACUGGCUUGUGGCUCCUGACAACUCAAGGCUCUACCAGUCCAGACCUGUUGCUGAAGCUAAGGUUCUGAAGGAGGAUCUUAUUCUUUGGCCUCCAAUUGUCAUCGUCCAUAACAGUUCAAUUGGAAUUAAGGUCAGUACUCACGAACCAAAGGUUGUGGCCAAUGAAGGCAUGGAAGAAAGACUUCGAGAGAUGGGGUUUGGAGCAGGAAUUAUGAGUGUUUGUCGCUCUAAACCUGCUGGCCAGAGUGUGCUCUUAGUAAAGUAUAAGCCAACCCUUUCGGGAUUGCAAGAAGCGGAAAGACUUCACAGGCACUUUGAUGCUAACAAUAAUGGGAGGCAAGAAUUUUUGCGGAUCACAGCCAACAAAGGCAGCAGCGAGAGUGGAGAAGCCCGUGUUCAGAAGGUCGAGGACCUUCUAUAUGGUUACAUGGCAGUUUUAGAAGACUUGGAUAAGCUUGACCCAGAGACAAAGAAAAGAUGCGUAAUUAAGAGUAAGAAAGAUAUUGAAGCCAUUGCAGAUGAGCCACUGAAUGCAGAUUGACUGAGUUAUCAAUGUCCAAGCAGAAUCUAGUUGACUGGUUUCUGGUUAGAUUGUGUGAUAUGCGAACAGGUUUGCUGACUCUUUUCCUUUAUUUUCGUUCUCCCUCUGUGGGCCAGAUACUGAACUGAGAGAUGAGAUGUUUUACUUAUGAAUGAUGUGGAAAUCCAUAGUGAAGCAUGGCUGUAAGACAUUUUGUUUUGUAUUGCUCAUCUUCUUCCUCUUUUUGUUUUUG